AUGCCUAAAGCAAUAAUAGGGAGCUGUAUUCUGCUUCUCCUCCUGCUAACUAGUAAUGUGGUGAAUUUAUUCCAUUAUGCGGAAUGCAGAUGUAUUAAUGAUGCUCAUGUUAGUACCACUGGUUUCAGGACGGAGACCAAGUCACACGGAACCGCAAAACUAAAGCCCCAAAAUUACAACUGCACUUUUAAUAUCCUCCCCAAAGGGGGAGGAAGCACGCUCAAUGCGGCAGGCCGCGAGUGGAACAAAAACAAAAGAAAAAGAAAAAGAAAACUCUAUGCCAUCCAUUUCGACAGCAGCUCUGCGAGACGAAGUAAACUGGGUUCUUCGAAUGAAACGGUUCAGACUUAUCAAAAUGGAGGGAAUGCCAGUCGCACACAAAAUAGAACAUACGAGAGGGGCUAUAAAAAUACUAAUGUGUCCAAACUGAGAAGGAGGCUUACGAAAAGCGGAGGAAUACCCAUUCCGCAAUUUUCCAAACCACUUUUUAUUAAUCUAUCUACCCAAAAAGAAGACACAAACAAACGUAGGAACUUCAAAAAUCGCCUACGAAAGUAUGAAGAAUUGUAUGAAAAAUUUACCCCAGAAAUGGAGAAAGAAGAAGAUGGUGAGGAAGAAAUUACAGAAAAUUGCCAAAGAACUGUCUCAAAUAUCACCAUGAACGAUUGGUACCAAGGGAGCCAUGAGAAAAAGUACAACAGAACUUUAAUGUAUGACUAUUUAUCCAAUAUGCACAACACAGAAUAUCAAAAUAUAGGCAGCGUAAACACUUUUAUUAAGAACAAUGAACUAAUCGAAAUGGAGGAGUGGGAAAAGAAAAAAAAAAGCUACUUAACGUACAAGUAUAAUUUUACAUACACACAUCCAAUUUAUUUAAAAAGAGACUCAUAUACAUAUAAAUAUUAUAUACCCAAAUUAGUAACGUACGAAGAAGACAUUUCUACCGAAUCGAAAUUUGUGCAAUCCAGUUUUAAGUCUCCAAAGUGUUACAAUAAUUCUCCUAUUAACGCGUUAACCACUAGUGGGUUCAGUCCCCGUAAUAUCGACACAUUCGGAAAAGAAAGAAACAAAAUAUAUUCAUUCAACACACCAACCGAUGUUAAAAGAAAUGUAUUUUUUGACGAUUUAAUGUUGAUAUCUUCCUCCUAUAAUCAACAUUUUUUUUCCAAUUUGAACUUUCUCCUAAAUUUACACACACUGCAAAUACUGAUACGGGAUAAAACUGCCAUAGAAACGGAUUAUCUAAUUAACAAAUUUGACCAGCUAAAGGAGAAGCUAAUACAAAGAAACGAAAAGAAUUCAAAUAAGGCAGAACGUUCUCCGAAAGGGAAUAAUUUCCCCCCAUCUUAUAAUGAAAAGAAAAAUACUGCCCAUAUUUCUCUGGAUAUGCCCGAAUCUGAAUUACAAAUGAAACCAAGUGGCACCGCUCAAAAUGUUACCCCCCCUUUGACAGAGCCCCAGAAAAGUACCUCUAAUCAAUUCGUGAAAAACGAAAAAGAUCCAAUGGACGAAGAAAUUUCGCGGAGUCUUACCCACACGAGAAAUCUAUUUGAUGACCAAAUUCAAAAGUUCAAAGAAAAAUACAACCAAAACAUUUUAGAAGACACAGAAUUUAUCAAUUUGUGGAAGUACGACGAGAAAGGAGAAAUAGUAGAAAAUUCGAACAGCAUACCCAUUCCGCAAAUUUACCUUAAUAUUGAUGAUCCGAAAUAUUGUAUGUGGAAAAUUUUACAGAAUUCGGGAAAAAGUGCUUUCGCUGAAAUUCCAACUCCCAACCGAAAAUUGGAAGCCUGGAGGCAACAAGUAAAUCUAAAAAAGUUCUAUAAGCAAAAUUUUGAUAAUAGCAUAAGUUUGAGGGAAAUUUCGAAAGAAGAACUAACAAAUUAUAAGAUGAAAGUCGAUGAAGUAGCGUUCCACAGAGGGAAGAGUGCUCACCAAGAGGAUUCCCAUAGGAAUAAAUCAGAUGUAGCUGACCUUGAACAGGCAGAAAUACCCUCCGAUGGAAGUGCUUUUGCAAGUCCGAAUGAAAAAAUUUUCAGCGAACCAGAUGUGAGUGACCAGAACAGUGCUGAGUUAAGUGAACCCACUGGUGAUGAGAAGAAACCAAGAGGCAACCUCCCCAGGGGUAUAAACAAAGACAUCAGUUAUAUCAAUUCUACCAAUUCUGCCAAUUCUUCCAAAUGCAAAGGCGCUUUUUACACUUUAGUUGUUCGCGACGGAAUAGUGGAUGAGCACUUGUCUGAUGAUAUAGCCAUCUUGAAAAACUUAGACAAUGAACUGAAGCAGUCGGAUGCGAAGGAGGUAGAAGGUGAACAAAACCCACUGGAACCUUCCAGCAGCAUCGAGCAGAGAGAAGAAACGAAAAAGAGCAAAAUAUUUGUGGGUAGCUUUUUUAACAUCAAAGAUCCAGAAGUUGAAUAUUUAAUUAACAAAGAGCUGUAUUACAUUCCGGAACAUUCCAAUUGGUACAAAAAAAAUACGCAACCUUUUGUGAGGGGCCAAAUUGGAAAGCAGUCCAGAAAAUUCGAUAACGAUUAUCCCAUUUAUGAUUACAGGAAGAGCGAUUUUGGUAUGGCCAAAUUUUCCGCCCUAAAUUUAGCCUCAAUAAAAGAUUGCGCUGUGAUUUACCUAGAUAAAGACAUCGACUUAAGCGACAAGUUUAUUCACGUCAUAUUCAUCCAGACAUCGAAGAAUGAGGAUGAUCAGGCUAGUACCAAGGAAGCAAACUACUCAGUGUAUGAAUGUUCGCCAGGCGACGAAUCCGUCCAAGAAACGAAUGAAACAAAUGAAACGACUUCAAGAGAACAACAUGACAAGUACGUGAACGAUGGGGAAAAUGCCCACCAUGCAUCACCCGAAAUAAAAGAAAACACACAACCAAUUGUACAAAGCGAAAAAAAAUACAAGCAAAAGGAACUAACCAAUUAUACCCACAACCCAGUGACCACUCCAAGACUCGUCGUUUACGUCAAAGGGAAUAGCAAAAUAAACAUACACGAAUCGCACAUAUCGUUGAACCAGAAUAAUGGAGGCCUCGUAAAUGCAUUCUCUAGAAUUGCCAUGGAAAAAGAAUCAAACGUCAAGCAUACCUUAUCUCAAGAAUUAGGUAAAAAUGUGUGGUACUUUCACAACGUUUCAGUAAAAAAUGGAUUCGAGGCUAAUUAUAAAUUCGCAGAUGUACUCCUCGGUAGCCUCUCAUCAAGAGUCAACUUACAAAUUGAAGGGGAAAAAGGAUGUAAACAAGAAAGUUAUGGAUUAUCUUUGCUAGAGGAUAAACAAAACAUUAGUCAGUAUGAAAUGUUUCACCAUGAACACCCUAAUAUGGAAACAAAUCAGUUGUUCAAAUUUCUAGUUUCUGAUAAAGGCCAUGCCGUUUGGAGGAGCAGAGGUCGAAUAGAACGUGAUGCAAUAAAGGCCAAGUUAAAUACCCUCUGCAGAUCAGUACUACUAAAUUUUGGAGCUAGUGCUGUUGCCAUACCAACUUUGGAAAUUAUUCCAAGUGAUAUUGAAUGCGCAAAUCAUGGAGCAACUAUUAGCGAUUUAGAGGAAGAACCCAUUUUUUCUUUAAUGACAAGAGGAAUAUCAGAAAAAAUUGCUAGGCAAAUGAUGAUGAAAGCCUUUGUUAAUGAAAUUCUUGAGCACAUACCGGAUGAAAAUCUCAGGGAAAGGGUUCACAAGAAGGUUUUGGAGUUAUCCCUCAAGUAUAGGAAGACGAUUCCCCCAAUUUUCGAGGCAGCGAAAAAGUGA